UAUGCAGCGAAGCGAAAGAAGAUGGUCGUCGGUCGGUCGGUCGGUCGGUCGGUCGGUGGAAUUAAUUUUUUUUUUUGGUUAGCUUCUCUCGACCAAGAAAAAAAGAAAAAAAUCCCCAGAUCCCGAAUAGGAGUUCUUCAUUCGAUUUAUAAGAUCUAUCUGGGUUUUACAUAGAGCGUAGUAGUGUAAUAGUAUGAGGAGGCGAGGAGAUAGUUUCAGGAGAGCUGGCCGUCGGAAGAUCUCGAAUGUAGUCUGGUGGGUACUCUCUGCUUUUGUCCUCUUGCUCUUCUUCCUCCUUGUCUCCAAAGCUCGUCAUAUUGAACCCAGACCCUCCAUUCCCAAGCGACGCUACCGUAAUGACAAAUUUGUAGAGGGUAUGAACAUGACUGAGGAAAUGUUGAGUCCUACUUCCGUUGCUCGUCAAGUUAAUGACCAGAUCGCUCUUGCUAAAGCCUUCGUUGUCAUUGCUAAAGAAAGUAAGAAUCUUCAGUUUGCUUGGGACUUGAGUGCUCAGAUCCGUAACUCUCAGCUGCUCUUGUCCUCUGCUGCCACUAGUAGAAGGCCCUUGACUGUCUUGGAGUCCGAGCCUACUAUUCGUGACAUGGCUCUUCUCUUAUACCAAGCCCAGCAGCUGCUUCACUACGAUAGUGCCACCAUGAUUAUGAGGCUCAAGGCCUCCAUCCAGUCUCUUGAAGAGCAGAUGAGUUCCCUUGCUGACAAGAGUUCCAAGUACGGACAGAUUGCUGCCGAGGAAGUCCCCAAGAGUCUCUACUGUCUUGGUGUUCGUCUCACUACCGAAUGGUUUCAGAACCUACAGACUAAGGAGAGAAGCCUCAAGGCUGAUGAUUCCAACAAGCUCACCGAUAACUCGCUCUACCAUUUCUGUGUCUUCUCUGACAACAUCAUUGCUACCUCUGUUGUGGUUAACUCCACUGCUCUCAAUUCCAAGUCCCCUGAGAAAGUCGUGUUUCAUCUUGUCACCAACGAGAUCAACUACGCUGCAAUGAAGGCUUGGUUCGCCAUGAGCAUGGACAACCUCAGAGGAGUCACCGUGGAGGUUCAGAAAUUCGAGGAUUUCUCUUGGCUCAAUGCUUCCUAUGUCCCUGUCCUCAAGCAGCUCCAAGAUUCUGAUACGCAGAGCUACUACUUCUCUGGGCACAACGACGAUGGCCGCACGCCAAUCAAGUUCAGAAACCCCAAGUAUCUUUCCAUGCUCAACCAUCUUAGGUUCUACAUCCCGCAAGUGUUCCCUGCGCUCAAGAAGGUGGUCUUUCUUGAUGAUGAUGUUGUUGUUCAGAAGGAUCUUUCCGCUCUCUUUUCCAUCGAUUUAAACAAAAAUGUCAACGGGGCUGUUGAGACAUGCAUGGAGACCUUCCACCGCUACCACAAGUACUUGAACUAUUCCCAUCCCCUCAUCCGCUCUCACUUUGAUCCAGAUGCGUGUGGCUGGGCGUUUGGGAUGAACGUCUUUGAUUUAGUUGAAUGGAGGAAGAGAAAUGUGACCGGCAUAUACCACUACUGGCAAGAAAAGAAUGUGGACCGCACCCUAUGGAAACUUGGC